UAAAAUUUGCUUUGAUACUGAAACCAAUGAAAACAUGUUCAUUAAUGAAGAACUUUGUUAUCUUCUGCAGGUUUUUCCGAACACUCCGGCUGCUGGGUAUCUUCAACGUGGUGACAUACUUCUAAGUUUGAACGGCAAAGACGCCGGUGGAUUAACACACAAACAGGCCCAGGACGUCUUUCAGUUUGCAGGGGGACAGAUUCCAUUAAUAAUCAGAAGACCGAAUAUCGAAAGCAGGAACCCCCCUCCAGCGAAACCACAACAACAACAGCAGUUUUACCCUCAACAAGUGCAGCCUCAACAGCCGAAACCUCAAGCGAGCAGUACUGUAAUAAAAACAAGAAACCAGCCGAAAAAGCCCAGUACAACCAUGCCGCCCACACAGAAAUCAUCAACCACUCCUCUCCGUAAGACCAAAAUAGAAUCGAGUAAAUCUUCCAAAGGUAAAGGCAAAAAACAUUUCGGAGGAGGUGGUUUUAGUUUUGGCGUUGACUAUAGCAAAGUUGAAGUGCAAGACGACUAUGUCCCUGGGCCUAUUUACACCGAAGAAGAACAGGCAGAUGAACUUGAUCAGACAUAUCGUACAGUUCCAUUAGAUCUUGAAGGACCGACUAAAAUGGCACAUCCACACGUACCAAAGGGUGGGAUGAAAUAUGGCGGUGGUGGACCUAGCUAUGGUGUCAGUUAUACACCACCAGCUGGCGUGCAAAGACAGAGCAGCAAACCAUGGGAAGAUAACGAGAUGCUUCAUAAAGUCCAGGACACUCUGGCGCACAGAUCGCAAUACCAAGUGAGCAGCUACAAUGGUGGACCCCCCGUUCACUAUCAACAUGUGGCUCCACCGGCUUACGUACCAGGCCCUCCUCCACCCAGUGAUUCGUCCUACAUCGAUCCUUUCCCUUCCUUCGUUCCACCGAAACCUGAAGAGGAAGAUGAUGAGUACGAGUUUUUGCCCGUCAGUCAGAGGAGGAACCAGUUUAGCAAACAGGACUUUGUCCCUGGUAAGUUGUGA